AUGUUUACGAUGCCCUGGAAGGAGAAAGCCGGUUCCAACAGCGACUGUGGGGAAUGCGCUCCGGGCCCCCCGACCGUGCUUACUUAAGCUAAUGGAAGGUCUUGCCUUUCAGUAGCCGCUGCACCGGGAUACCAGACAAACAGCCCCCCGCGACCCCUAGCAGGCAGGGCCCCUCUUCGGGACCUCAUUAAAAGCACAUGCGCUUGUUUCGCGCUGGUUGGCGGCCUCGGAGGGCGAGAUUCAGGGCUCCGCUCGGAAGCCAAGGAGAAGCCAGGGCGGUGGAAAACAUCCUCGCUUUGAAAAGCCAAAUCUAAAUUAAAGAACUACAUGAGAGAAGGAGUCUGAAGAAUAUUAGUUGGCCGCGGGGUGAGGAGAGACCCGAAAAGCACAGCAGGUAAGAGCCGGGGGCAGCUGCCAAGAAGGAACUGUCCCAGGUGGCGCGGCGCAAUGGAUACAGUAUCGGCGCUGGAGGCCCGUCUCCAGGAGCCCUCGGGGCGUGGUCGAGCUCGCCUCCUUCCACCAGUUUCGCCAGGAGGGACGUCGUCUUAGCCUUCCCCGUCCGUGCGACUAAUCCUGUUAUCAGCUGGGUUAUAAAUAUCAACGUCCCCCUGGCCCUUCGCGGAUGCUGUCGCAUCAGAUCCAGGGCUGCUAGGACGCGGAUCACCUGUCCCGCCUCUCCCUGCGAGAAACCGAUGAGACACUGGACCAAGAGGACUCGAUGGCGGUCUAUCCGGAGAGCUGCGUGGACGCCACCGUGCUGGACUUCGUCGCAGACCUGUCCCUCGCCUCCCCGGGGCACCCUCUCCUCUGCGACUUCGCUCCCGGGCUCCCCUUUGGGGACCGAGGCCUCGCGCUGCAGGAGGGAAGACCCAGGAGUCUGGCGUGCUUUGGCGAGGAUCCCGAAGAAGAGGGGGGUGAAGUCGACGAGGGGGAGGAGGGGGAAGAGGGGCCGGGAAGAGGCGCCUCCCUGCUGGGCCGCCCCAAGAGGAAAAGGGUGAUCACCUACGCCCAGCGCCAGGCGGCCAACGUCCGCGAGAGGAAGCGCAUGUUCAACCUCAACGAGGCUUUCGACCGGCUGCGCAGGAAGGUGCCCACUUUUGCGUACGAGAAAAGGCUGUCUCGGAUCGAGACCCUCCGCCUGGCCAUCGUCUACAUCUCCUUCAUGACCGAGCUCUUGGACAGCUGCAAGAAAAAGGAAACCUGCUGAGCCCGUGCGCGAGGGCGCGUCGGCCGCCUCCCGCCUGGGCGCCUGCGAGUUUAGGGCGUUUGGGGUCCCGGCGGCGGGAAGGCCUGGAGGGACGCUCCGAGGCAGGACGUCGGACCUCCUGGGGCUCGGUUCGGAUUGUAAAACGCCCAGAGCCCUCGCCGAGUUACCACGUUCGCGGUCGCG